AUUCUUCGAUUUCUCUCGUCUUGGCGUCCUUUAAUCAAUAUCGCAUCUCGCCGCUGCUCUGAGGGGAAAUUUCCUCGACGAAGCUGGCGCCGCGGUGCAACGAGUUUGACGAUUUGACUUUGGGCCUGUUGUUGCUUGCUGUUGCCCACGCCCCGCUCUCUGCUCCAGUCCUGGUGCUUCCGCCUGCCCCUCACCGCGGCCACGGCCAUGGCUGAUCCAUUUUCGAUCGCGGCCACGGCCAUCAGUCUCGCUGCCAUCGCCGCCCAUACGUCCAGGGUUCUGUCACGAUUGUGCAGCGAGGUGAAGAACGCGCCCGCCCUGGUGCUGGCCCUUUCCAACGAGGUCAACGAUUUCAAACUUGUCCUUGACACGGUAUCCACCGCGACCGAGAACCUGGCCGUACCCGCUGCGUCCGGGCCAGGCCCCGCAAACAAUGCUACCCCAGAGUCGCGCCUGCGAGACAUGCUAGCGAGGGCCAAGAGCCUGUUGGCCGAGCUCGACAUUCUGUCACGGCGGUUGGCUGGCCGCGAUAGGACUGCCCAGAGGAUCAAAUGGCAGUUCUCCAAGUCGGAAGCAGAGAGCCUCAAGGAUCGCCUCCGAGCCACCAGCGCGAGCCUCAUGCACAUACUGGUGUCGCGCAACCUUGCGUCCUCGAACCGCAUAGAGCUAGAGCUCCAUGAUAUCAAAUUCGUCAUUCCGCAAAGCCAUGACCCGACGCUUCAAGUGCUCGGGGGCCUGGCGACGGAUACCACGCAAGCCUUCAACCGUAUCGAAAGAUCCCUGGCGGACAAUCACCAGCAAACCCAAGUGACGCUAGCCGCUGAUCGCGAGCUCACCCUCCCCAUUGCGAGGGACAUGAGCUUCAUCAAGGAAAGCAUGAUGGCAAACACGGCCGCUGCCAACGAUCAUACAGUGGGCCUUCAGAACAUCAUGUCCAUCCUCGGGAACAUCCAAUCGGCAACCCAGGAAAGACGCGAUGCUCUACUUGCCCGAAAUACCAUGCCAGCGGAGCAGAACACGCCGCAAGUGCCGGAUGGCUUUACACAACAGCCCGCAAUGCCUCCACGGUCGGCGCGGGGCCCCUUCGCUGCCCAAGGCCACGGUUCCGCAGACCCCAGAAGCCCUGGCCCUGUGGAGCCACUCGUCCAAAUUGCGGUGGCGCCCACCGGCUCUCGCUGUGAGCGGGACUGUGGCUGCCGUUGCCACAUUCCACGGGCAUAUGACGACGCCUCCCUGAGACUCCCAGGCCCGCUCCGCUCUCUGUUCGGCCAGCUUCUUCUGGGUUACACCGGCUGCCUAACGGCUCGCUCAAGCUGCAACAAACAAACCUGCCGCCGGGGGAAAUAUGCUCGCCUGCGCCUUUCCUACAGUUUCCCGGCUUGGUUCGCGAGCCACAAGGUCAGCCUGCUCCUCGAGACGUCGACAUCUCGCCGGUUCGCCCUUGGGCUUGUCGCGAGGAGGAGAGUCCGGAAUUUGAUUGGGGAUCACAUACUUUUUGCGGCGGUUAACUUCCGGGUUCAAGUGGUGACUGAAAUAAUAAGGCUGGAUCCCUCGAAACUACUCGAUGUUAAUACCGAUACCGGCCGGUCGGCCCUCCACAUGACCAUCGGUAGGGGUUCAAGAUCUCUAACCGGUGGCAAAUUUAUUGAGCAGAUUAUGGUGUUGAUCCAGGCAGGCGCAGACCUGGAUUACGAGGAUGACUAUGGGGACACGGCGAAAACACUCUUCUCCAAGUUUAUGCUGCUAGAACAAGGACGCCGGGGAGACGAGGCUUGGCAGGCGAUCCCAUCCUCUGUGAAGACUGCGCUGCACGUGGAUCUCGAGAUCAGCUACCUGCAGAAGAUCAUCCUCGGCAUCUGCCCCGUCGACCUUGAAAGCGUCUUGGAUCACGGAGGGGAAGCGGUUCUUGCGCAGAUCAACUCCCGCACAGAGCUUAACCAUACGCCUUUGGAGCUCGCCGUCAGGCUUGGCAAUGCAGCAGCUGUGGGGUCCAUAUUGCAAGCUGGCGCGAGACACGAGAUCCCUAUCCACCAAGGGCUGUCGAUGCACUAUGCCUCGUGUCAAGGCUCCGACGAGUGCCUCCGGGAGCUUUUGGAAGCGCCUGGGUUUGAUAUCGAAAAGCCCGGCAAGUAUUGCCGCACCCCGCUAAUGGUGGCAGCCUUGGCGAAAACCACAUUUCGACCCCUGGUCCUGCUGCUAGAGGCCGGAGCGGAUGCCCGAGCUAGAGGCCGGAAACGGCGCACCCCGCUUCAUUACGCAGCCAUGGGUGGCAACGUUGUCGCGGCCAGGGCGUUGCUCCGAGCGGGUGCGGAAAUUGAUGCUGUGGGAAGCGGCGUGGUUGGCACGCCUCUUGUAUCGGCUGUGGCGUAUAAUAGCCAUCGCGUUUUGGCACAUCUUUUGCAUGUAAGAGCCGACCUUCCGUGGCGCGCACUCCGCGUCGCGGCUGAGCUGGGGGACGGAAGGACUCUCGAUCUCAUGGCUUCGAGAAACCUCUCCGUCUUCAAUUUCGAGAAGAGCGCCCCCGAGAUCAUGGGCUUGCGAAGGCUUUUCAACAAAAGGUCAAGGGCGUCGCCCAGGGAGCGGAAGGCCUUUGAGCGAAUGAUGGUGGCCUUACAGACGGCCCCUUGCAAGGAUCGGGCGAAUGCCGAUGGGGACCAUGACGCGACCGAGGGGUCAAGAGAUUAGGAUGUGAGCUGUGCGAGACAUGGAAGCAACCGCAAGGGGAUCAUGGUGACGGGAGGCGACGGGACAGACGACGCAGCAUCUGAAAGCUCUGACGAGUGGAACACUGCAGAGGAGGAUAACGGGGACUAGGUCGAGCUGGGCCAACACAGUGGGAUUCUUACAGCCCGCGGCACUCUAUGUUGCCGGGCCAUGACAGGGAGGGAAGCGUGGGAGACACGGAGGGACCAACUUGACAGCAAAAAGAGACCUUCAAUGUGUGGUGUAGUCAUUACUAUCAAGCAUGGCAAGCAAAGCAAAAACUCCCUAGGCGAUGGUCAAAGCCAUGGCCGACGCGUCCGG